CGGAAAUACACAAUGGCUUCGCGUUCAGACUCUGGAGUUCCUCUCCUCAAGACGUGCCAGACGUGCUUCCACGCCAAGAUCCGAUGCGAAAAGUCACAGGACUCGGGCAAGUGCGAUAGAUGCCUGCGGCUCGGAAAGACAUGCGUCUUUAACCCGUCUCGGCGCCGGAAGGCCCUACGGCCAGGACCACCAAAGAAUCUCGAUGCAAGCCCUACGAGAUCGAGAUCACCAUCAAUCACGUCUGCCAAUGCAGCUUCUACUUCGAAAGAUGCCACUGGCAGUUCACCGGCUUUCUCCAACACGCCGGGCAGCAUUGACACGGACGCGACUUCAAGUCCGUUUGCCCGCGGUCUGCUAUCAUUUGAACAUGGCCAAGAUCUUUUGGACUUGUUUCGGACCAAGAUGACACCCCAUUUCCCGUUUGUAGUGGUCCAGGAGAACGUGACUAUCCAGGAUCUCGUCCGGGAGAAGCCAGCACUCUGCGUGGCCAUACUCUCAGCAGCUUCACAUGGGGAUCCCAAGCUUCAACGCGCUCUGGGUCAAAUGUUCAAUGAGAUCGUGGCCGUUCGAUUAAUCAAGGGCCCUUUUGCCACCAUCGACAUGUUGCAGGGGCUGCUGGUGCACUUGGCAUGGGCACAUUAUCAACAAGGGAGGAUGAAGUACUCUCAGCAUCUGUCACUAGCUGGUAGUAUUGUCUCGGACAUGAGGCUGGAUAGACCGCGGGUGGCUAGUCUCUGGGCGCUGAGCAGAGAAACGAAGCAAUCUGUCGGCAGUCUCAACCACGAUGAGAUGCGAGCCCUGGCAGGGAUAUAUUAUCUCUCGUCAAGUUCGGCAGUUCUACUGCAAAAGUCUCACCACUUCAGAUACACCCCUUACAUCCUCGAGUGCUGCCAUCAACUCACAGCAAGAACAAGCCAAUCAACCGAUAAACACCUCCCAUACAUCAUCUACCUUCAGAAACUUACCGAAGAAGUCGACGACGCCGUAACAGGAGCCACUUCUGCACAAUCAACCACAACACAACAACUUCCAGCCGAACUCCAUCGGAUAAGAGAACGAUACAUGACGACAAAAGCGUCACUGCCCUUUCCUCUAAGUGAAAGUCCAACCAUUCUCUUGCAGCUGCACGUCCUCGAUCUUCUCAUCUGUCAACCUUCACCAGACGGCGUCUCAUACGGACCCAACGGCUUCCAAAGCCUCCAAGCAGCAGGCGACCAAAACCGUCUCCUCGACUGGCUAUCCCAAAGCAUCUCGGCAGCCAAAUCUCUUAUCAGCGUCGUCCUCGUCUUGCCUCAAGGUGAAGAGGGCGCGAUGCCAAAUACCGGGUGGAUCAUGCUCUAUUGUGCGGUGUCGCUCGCGGUUCGGCUCGAUCUCGUGGCUGCGCAGGCGGAGAAUGCCCAGACGACAGGACAUCUUCGUCGUAUCCUCGACAUGCCUCAUACUCUCCGACAGAUCGUGCUUCGAAUGGAGGCUGCUUCAGGCCCAGAUGCAGGCGACGGAGAAAAGGAUCCAUUCUAUGGUCUCUCGCGACGAGCAAGGCGCAUAGAAAAGUGGUAUCUCGAACGUUGCGGUCCAACCGACUCACCAGAUGUCGCAAGCCUCUUUAACCCAUCUGUAUCCUCACCAGCCAAUGCCCUCGCCGCUCCAGAUCUCGGUCUCACACCAUCAUCUUUCGGAGAGCCGAGCAGUAUGGUACCGAGUCUGCAAGUAACAGGCGAGACGGACGAAUCGUGGACGUCGAACCUCUUGGCCGACCUUGAUGCCGAGAUUGGAAUGAACAACUUUUUGUAUACGGGGCCAUUCGAGUUUCUAGGAGACCAUCAGUUCUAG